AUGUCCGCGGAGAGGCAAUCCGAAGAAUCGGUAGACAAUGAUCAGACCUACGAGAUGGAGAAUGAGGAUACUAUUGCCUCCGUCCCCUACUUCCCUUCUGAGCCCAGGGGUAAAGACGAAUUCGUCGAAGAGCUCGCGAGAGUUUGUACUGAUCCUGGGUCGUUGGAAGAGGGGGAGAGUGCAGAGGAUGAUCUCGACGAGUCCAUUCGUCUUGUCCCCAAAAUCGUCCGAGAGGUCGUAUCCAUGGAGGACGAUCCUACCCUCCCCACCCUUACAUUCCGUUACUUUGUGUUGAGCACCAUCUUUGCUGCGUUGGGAGCAAUGAUCUCCCAGAUCUCAUGGUUCAGGACAACAGCUGCAUCUUUUUCAAUAUUCUUUGUCCAGAUCGUUUCCUAUUGGCUAGGCAACAUUAUGGCCCGCGCCCUCCCAGCCAAGAAUGUCACCCUCUUUGGCGCGUUCGCGUUCUCCCUCAACCCUGGUCCCUUCUCCAUCAAGGAGCACGUUCUCAUAACUCUUGCCUCGAGUGCUGGAGCAUCGAACAACUUGGGAGAGAUAGUGGUCGCAGUCAAGGAUAUUUUCUAUGAGGAGUACAUGCACCCCUUUGCUGCCCUUCUUCUCAUGUGGGCGACCAUUUGGACAGGAUUCUCCUUUGCUGCCAUCGGUCGCAGCUUUCUCCUCUAUGACCCCGACUUGAUCUGGCCUUCGGCACUCAUGCAAUCAGCCAUGUACCGGACCCUUCGCGGGGAAGGGGGUCAAUCCCACGAUGUCUCCCGGAAACAGAUCCGCGUCUUCUGGGUCGUCCUCAUCGGCAGCUUCUUGUGGACAUUCUUCCCAGAAUACAUCUUCCCCUUCACGUCCUCCCUUGCGGUCCUCUGCUGGUUUGCUCCGCGUAAUGAUACCGUCAAGUUCGUCUCUAGCGGGAUCGGAGGGAUGGGCUUUUUGAACUUUACGCUCAAUUGGUCCAAUAUUACGUCGAGUAUUAUGGUCUCCCCCUGGUGGACGCAGGUCAUCUCAUUUGUUGCGUUCGUCGUCUCGGUAUGGAUCCUUGUCCCGAUCUCCCACUUCACGGAACUCUGGAGUAACGGAAUCGCCAUCCCGACCAUGUCCAACCGUCUCUUCCAGGCCAACGGGACCAAAUACCCCUAUGUUCAGCUGACCGACAGACAAGGGGGGUUCCAGCAAGAGAUCUUUGACAGACUCGGGAACGUCUACAUGUCCACCUACAAACUCUCGGGGAUCUUUUUCGGCUUUGCGACUUUUCUCUCGGCCUUUGUCCAGCUCUUUCUGUUCGGUCGUGGCAAGAUCUGGACGACGAUUCAACAUCUCCGGCAGCGUAGGCGACACUCGUUCAAGGAUCGGUUGAAUGUGUUGAUGAGUCAGUAUGAUGAGGUGCCGUUGUGGUGGUAUGUCACACUUUUUAUGUGCUGCUCCAUCAUCAUGCUGGUUAUUAUCCAGAUCCAGGAUCUGUACCUCCCUUGGUGGACCUUUAUCGUUGCACUUGUUCUCGGGGCUUCGGCUGUUGUUCCUAUGGGGUUCAUAUAUGCCAUCUCUGCUUAUGAAGUCACCACAGGCACCUGGAACGAGUUAAUUUACGGAUACAUGGCUCCAGGCACCCACCCAGUCGGCUCGCUUGUCUACCGUGUCGUCGCCGGUCAAUGCUGGUACCGCGCCCAAAGUAUCCUCCUUGACCAAAAGAUCGGUCACUACAUGAAAGUCUGCCCCCGCGCCACAUUCUUCUCCCAGAUCUGGGGGACCCUCAUCGGAGUUCCCAUCAACUAUGCUGUCAUCCGCUGGGUCAUCGAUACCAAACGGCCCUACCUCAACGGAACCCAACAAGAUCCUUUGGGUCAGUGGACCGGCCAAGCCCCACGGAUGUAUCUGAGCCAAGGGAUCCAAUACGGGACUGUUGGUCCGACGCGUCUGUUCCGGGAUACUAUCUACAGCCCUCUCCGGUGGGGGUUCCUUCUCGGCGUCGGCGCACCCAUCAUCAUCUAUCUCCUCCACAGACGGUUUCCCAAGGCAAAGUUCCAACUCUGGCAUAGCACUAUUUUCUUUUCGAGCAUGGAGACCUUUUACGGGAACCUCUCUACGGGGCCGUUGUCGUCGAUCAUCGGAGGCUUUGUGUGUAUGUUCUAUGUGUUCCGGUACAAGCACGACUUCUGGGUCAAGUACAACUACUUGGUAGGAGCUGCUGCAGAUACGGGACUCUCACUGGCGAUUUUGGCGAUCUUUGUUAUCUUUGGGAGUAGCUCCAAGGUGAUUGUGAUGCCGGAAUGGUGGGGGAAUGACUCACAGUCUAUAGAAAAGUGCUACGGUUCCACAUAA